UGGCGGUCAACCACAAUUAAAUCCAAACCCAAGAGGAAGAAGAGACGCCAGCUGAGCGCAUUAAAGGCUGGAGGAGUCAGUCGACAGAGUAGGCGAACUGAUAGCGUUUGUUUUCAAGCUCUCCAUGGUGAGCAAGACUGGGAGAAUGGACUGAAACACGUCACCGUUUGGGGCGAGGCAGACGUUGAAAUGUUCAGAGUUUUUUGCCAUGGAAACAGAAAUGAUACCAAAAUUCUCCUCAAAAGAUGAGGAAAUUGACUUCUGGAAGGCGCUUUCCCUCAAGUACAAGAAAGGCUACCAGGAGGCUCAGGAUGAGCUGCUGGAGUUCCAGGAGGGGAGCAGAGAGUUGGAGGCUGAGCUAGAAACACAGCUGGGCCAGGCUGAACACCGCUUGAGGGACCUGCACUCGGAGAACCAAAGACUCAGGAAUGAGAUGGAGUCUCUCAAGGAAAGAAUGGAGGAGCAGUACACUCAGAACUACAAGCAGAUCUCCAUGCUGGAGGACGACCUGGGCCAGACACGCAGCAUCAAGGAGCAGCUCCACAAAUACGUCAGGGAGCUAGAGCAGUCCAAUGAUGACUUGGAGAGAGCCAAAAGAGCGACUAUUGUGUCUUUGGAGGAUUUUGAGCAACGUCUGAACCAGGCCAUAGAGAGGAAUGCCUUCCUGGAGAGUGAGCUGGAUGAGAAGGAGUCACUCCUGGUCUCUGUGCAGAGAUUAAAGGAUGAGGCCAGAGACCUACGGCAGGAGCUUGCCGUGCGCGAGAGGCAGACGGACGUAACGAGGAUGUCUGCUCCAAGUUCACCUACUCGGGACAACGUGAAGAUGGACACAGCGGUACAGGCGUCCCUGUCUCUCCCUGCCACCCCGCUGAGCAAAGGUCUGGACAACGCCUUUGCCAACACAACAGUGCUGUCAAAUGGCUGCGGCAGCAAUUCGCCGCUGACUCCCUCUGCCAGAAUAUCAGCCCUCAACAUUGUCAGUGAUUUACUCCGUAAAGUAGGGGCUCUGGAGUCUAAGCUUGCCGCUUGCAGGAACUUCACCAAGGACCAGAGAGCGAGGAAGGUGUACGCCAUAGAGAACGGAAAUAUGAUCAACAGCAACACGGCUAAGUUGUCCCAGCAGCUCCACACAUCAUAUUUUGACAAAGCGAGAGAGAGGGUCAUAUUCCCUGCGCUGAUUCUGGGGCAAUGAACGGCCUGGAACCGAGCAUGCUGACAGCCAUCACUGCACCCCCUUCUGCCUCUCCUGCAGGCUUAGUGCCCCUCGCUGUGUGACAGUCUCCUCACCGGGCCUCAUUUAUAUUUUCCAUCCCAAACAUUGGAAAAUUACACGUCUAAGAAGAGAGCGAGCAGCCCCGCCUUAGACAGAGAGAACUUUAUACAUAACACUGUUGAUGUACUGUUAUACAGGCACCCCCUUCUCAUCACACUGUCUGACUGCGUGUUGUUCUGACUCUAAACUUGUGCUUUGGUCCUGCUGUACUCAUGGGUCCCUGUCUAUAUAUUUUAUAUGUGCUAUACUUUACUUGUUUACUGGCUUGUACAAAGAUAUACUGCCCACUCUUCUCUUCGUCACGUCAAGAUUCUUGAGGGUCCGCUCCCCUGAUUUGACUUCUCAGAUGUUCACCACAUUUUUAAGACAUUUUAUUUAAUCAUGUUUUUAACUAAUUUUUUGACAAUACCACAAUUUUCAUUUAAACUGAUCUUUAAGUAUACAGCAAUAUUUUUCACUAAUAAAAUAGAGAAGUGUUUUCAUCUUCAUUACUAGAUGUUUAUCCUUUUUUUUCCCUCAAUAAAACAGGUAAAAACUGGUUUACAUGGGUUGGAGCAUAUGUGUAGUGGCAUAAAUUGCCUGGAAUAUUUCUUUGCCAAAUGGUCUUUCGCUGAAAAAGCGGGGAAUUUUUUUUUCAUAAUUAUUGUUUGACAAGUCACAUGUUAACCUCAUAGGCCCACUUUGCCCUGGACGCUAGAUUAAGAUUUGAAUGCAUUUGACUUGGGUUUUGUUAUUAUCCACAUACUGUUUUGCAUAGCAUUUUUAUUUAUGUUGUAAAGUCCUCUGAGGAGGUAAGGGAAAUCUUUACUGUGGUGAGUCUAAUAGGCCAUUUUAACUUUUAACUAAAUGACAUGAGUACAAUAAUUGGUCAUAUUGAUCGUUAUUUAUAGACAGCCAUUGAAGUGGUGCUGUCGUGGUGUUCAGACCGGUCAGCCAGUAUUUUUAUUCUAUUGUUGAACUGUUUCUUUUUACUUCAAUAUAUCUAUUUUAUUUUUUAUCACUACACCUGUGUUCAGUACCUUUACAAGCAAGUGAAGCACUUUGAUCUUGAGUAAAUUUAACAUUUUCAUAUUCUAAUUUUCCUUCAAGUGCAAUAUUGCCCGUUUGUAUGUUUAAUUGCAGAGGUCUGUUAAUUUAUUUCAGAUUGCUUUUAUGGCAUGUCUUUUCAUGAAAGAUGUAAUUCCAAUUACUAAACAUCUUUCAUCUGUCUUUAGGAAAUGAAAUAUUUUGAUGUGAUCUUAAAUAAUGGGGGAUUAAAAGGUAUUUCCUAAAUGGCAUUUACGAGAAAUGCUUAACACGUCCUUGUUCGACUGAAAGGUUUUACUUGCAAUGUGAAGUUUGAAGA